UGCUAUAUAAAUGGCUAUAAAAAGGAUCUGGUAAAGUGAUUGGGAUUCUUUGCGAAGAAAUUGGUUAUUGUAUUCAAAAUGAUUAAAUUACGCGUGUAUUAUAAAUUUAUCAUGAGUCAUCGCCUUUUGCUGUCUAUGGAUAUUUUUGUCAACAGUCGAGUCAGACAUUAUUUUAUUCCUCCAUGGUCAGACAUUAAAACAUUUCAAGUUUAUGCAUCCUUACAACCCAUGUGUUAUAACUUUUAUUCACUAAUCCAUAUGUUGGAGAGCUGUGCAUACACCAUAUACAGUGCAAUCCCAAUGUGUCUUGUGUGUGUGUACGGGUGUAAAUCGUGCAAAUGCAAGCAACUUCGUCCAUAUUGUCCGUCCUCCGACAACUAUUUUGUUAUCGACGAUGUUGUGUGCAUCCAACACCUGUCACCUAUGAAUGACAUGAAUGUGCGAUGACCUGUCACUGGCUGGACUUUCAUUAUCCAACAAGAUUGUGUGAUGUCUUCAUCAUCUGAUAUCGAAUGAUGGCAGUGGUGUAUACGUGAUAGCGAUAAUUCUAGCAACAUGGCGUAUAUAUUCAGAAAGAAACAUGCGCUGAGUGGCUUUGCCAUGUUGCUAUUCUUCUGCACUCUGUGGAUGUUACAUCAACAAGAAGAGAUUAGUCAGGAGCUGUCCACAUCCUCCGAUGAUGAUCUGUUACCAGCUCAUGUUCUUUAUCCCGUGGGGGAGUUGCAGUACAAGAAGGAACGCCAGAGGAUUAUUCUUAACCAGAUGGAGGGGCCUCAAUAUCAAGGACCUGUAGAGACCAGACGAGGAAACUACAAAAUUGUCCCCACUCCCGUCUCGAAUCACGUCCCCGACACGCCAAGGGAUAAGAAAUCAGAGGAUAAAAUAUUGGAGGAGCAAGUUGGCAUCGAGAAAGAGAGAAUCGACAAGGGACGCACAAAGUUAGCUGGACUCAGCAAGAAGGUGAAGUCGAUGAUGGAGAAGAAGGAGAAGAAGAAGAAGCCAGCUAAAAGGCAAAAUGAGACGAUAGACGUGCCUGAACUAUCGUUGCUGGAGAUGGAGGAGUUUCAGACUAGAAUCAAGGAGUAUUGUAAUUCACCGUCUGAGCCGUACUACGGGGCGGAAGGAAAAGUAAGAGGUGGUUAUCAGCUUCAUUAUGUGCAUGUUGUUGCUCGGCAUGGAGACCGAACUCCCAUCACCCAACUCGGUCUCCCAAACAUUAUAAUGGACCGACGUUUCAACUGCGACUUAGAAACAGCUAAGAACGACUUCCCAUCCUCGCAACUUCUGCCGAGAUUUGUUGCGUCCCUCGUCGCUCAGGACGAAGCUCAGGCUGCCUGGCCUCAGAUGCCGAUGUUUCUGCGUACUCUCCCAAUCGGUAGCAACGCCCGGGAAUGCGCAAUCGCUCAGUUGACUCCCACGGGGUGGCUACAGCUGAUGCGACUCGGUCAACACAUGAAGAUUGCCUACGAGGGGAAGCUCGUACCGCACCAAGGAUACUUCCGUAAUCCCAACACCACUUUGUUUAAGAGUACGAUGAACGCUCGGACACAGCAGAGCGUCUUUGCCUUUAUGUUCGGUUUCUUACCCCGCCUCGAGCUCCACUUUGCGGACCGGAUCAAAAUCACGGAGAACACCGCUUUCUGCUCCCUGGGAAAGAACUGCUCUUGCCAAGCCAUUGUGCAACUCGAAAAAGCAAAACAGAAACAAUACGGGGCUGCUCUGAAGAACGACAGCGAGACCCAAAUGGUGUUGAAAUCCGUAGCUAAGAAUUUGCUUAAUGAACCUAAGCCUAAGAAAGUACCGGGUCUGACAGCUCAGCAAGAUUUGUACUCUUCACUUACGUGUCAUGAGAAGUCACUACCUUGUACUCCGUACGGCUGUGUCUUAGAAAAGCACUUUGCAAAGAUCGUCGCCUUCACGGACCGCGUAUCAAGGGAAAUGCGCAGUUCUGAGGACGGACCUCAUCAGAAGUACGCCCGGUUGGUCAUGCAUCCGUUGCUAUCGCAAAUAGCAACGCAGAUGAAGAAAGUCAACCACGGCGCUCAGAAUUACCCAAAGUUUGUUUACUACUCCGGUCACGACAUCACCCUGACUCCACUGCUGGACAUUCUUGGUCUUGGGGACUACCACUGGCCGUGCUACGCUGCUAAUGUCGUCUUUGAACUCUGGUCCAAAUCGGAGAGCUUCUUCCUGAGGGUUUUGUACAACGGACAGGACAAGACGAGCGCUGUGCGUUUCUGUCGGGACAACCUAAGCCUAGAUGGACUCUGUCCUUUGCGCUAUUUCCUUAGGUUUGUCAACAAAGAAAACAUGGGUUACUUCCACGCUGAGAGUUUAAGCGAAGCUUGUAAGUUAAAAGUUUAAGAGAGUUAAUGUUUCUUUUUUUUAAUCCUGUCAAGGAACACCUUUAAAGGGGUCUUAGUGUUGUAUUUAAUCAAGUUGGCAACUUGAUAUGAAAGAGUUUUUGGUUUCACUCUUUUUCUCCUCUUUUUCAGUCUUACCUGGAGUAUUUAUUUUUUACUGGUUUGUGAUGAAUGACCUUCUUAAAAGCAAAAAUUUAAAUCAAAUAGACAGGACUGUAAAAGUGGUUGUUAAAUUUUGUACUGUUUUAUUAUUUUUAUAUAAUUUUUUUCAUGAGAGUUUGCCUUACAUCAACUGGCCCCUGGCAGCCACUCCAAGGUGAGGGCUAUACUUAGUGAUUUGGGCUGUUGACUUGAACAAGGGGGACGUUGCCAUCUAGUAUUUUUAGCUGAAACAGGGUUGCCCCCUUCACAGUCUGUGAGGAUGUAGGCAUGGGUAUCAUCUAUUAGGGGCCUGGCUGGUAGUGCAGAA